AUGCAGAAACUCUACUACUUUCUCGGAUUACUACUUUGCCUCAUUUCGCUCACUACUGCAAGACAAAGUCUCUAUGUUCAAAAUCUCAAAUUCUUGCCACCCUGUGAAAACAACCCGAUUGAUGAAAGCACUGGAAAUUUCAAGUGCAUGGUCAAAACAGGGGCUGAAUGUUUCGCUCUCUGUCAAGAGCACGGCUGCUUUGAGUGGUCGUUCACCUCCUUCAUGGCUAGCACAGACACCCAACUGCACCAACACUAUCGGUGGCGAAGGAUCGGGCCUACUCUUGAGUCGGGGUCAGGAUUGGGCUUUGCUUCGAUAGCAGAAGCAGCCACAGCGUUUGUGAUUGUCGGCUUCACACAUCAAUCUGAUCCUUGUCUCGUCCCCGGGCAGUUGGUAAAAAAAAGCGGCUAUCACAGUGAACGACGGACUGGAAAGUUCUUGCGGCGGUCAGCUUCGGGUGCCAUGACUACCAUCAAGAGUCCAGACUGUCUUUAUACUCCUACUGCUACAAUUAACACCGAUCCUGUCUAUACCCGGCACUCUACACUCUGCCCUCUCCUCCACCACCUCCUCUUCAUUUCAGCGAAUUACUACGUUCAUGGGUUGAAGUUUUCUCGCCCUUGUGAGAAUAACACCUACGAUGAGAUGACGGGUAAUUUCAAAUGCACCGUUCCGACAGGAGCUGAGUGCUUUCAACUCUGUCAACAAUAUGGCUGCUAUGAGUGGUCAUUUUCCUCCUUCAUGCCCAGUACUGACACACAAGUACGCGAUCACUUUCGUUGUCGGUGUAUACAGGACAUUUGCCUCUACAACUACGUGCGAGUCAGAGAUCGCGACUACGCGUGA